UCACUUCCUGCCUUGUGACCACACACCCGGGCUUGACAAAGCUGUUCUGCAGAUCAGAAAGAAAAGAGCUCCUGGUCACACACCAGCUCAACUGAGGACAGAGUUUCUACAAGAUCUGUUACCUAACGCAGAAAAAGAUGGCUAGAGGAUCAGUGUCUGAUGAGGAAAUGUUGGAGCUCCAAGAGGCUUUUGCCAAAGUUGAUACUGAUGGCAAUGGGUAUAUCAGCUUCAAUGAGUUGAAUGACUUAUUCAAGGCUGCGUGCUUGCCUCUGCCUGGGUACAGAGUAAGAGAAAUAACAGAAGACCUGAUGGCUACGGGGGAUCUUAACCAAGAUGGGAAGAUCAGCUUUGAUGAGUUCAUCAAGGUUUUCCAUGGCCUAAAAAGCACAGAGGUUGCCAAGACCUUUCGAAAAGCGAUCAAUAAAAAGGAAGGGAUUUGUGCAAUCGGUGGUACCUCAGAGCAGUCUAGUGUUGACACCCAACAUUCCUACUCAGAGGAGGAAAAAUACGCUUUUGUCAACUGGAUAAACAAAGCACUGGAAAACGACCCUGACUGUCAGCAUGUCGUCCCAAUGAACCCGAACACCAAUGAUCUCUUUAAUGCUGUUGGGGAUGGUAUUGUCCUUUGUAAAAUGAUCAAUCUGUCAGUGCCAGACACCAUUGAUGAACGAACAAUCAACAAAAAGAAGCUUACGCCUUUCACCAUUCAGGAAAAUUUGAACUUGGCUCUGAACUCUGCCUCAGCCAUUGGGUGCCAUGUAGUUAACAUAGGAGCUGAGGACCUGAAGGAGGGAAAGCCUUAUCUGGUCCUGGGGCUUCUGUGGCAAGUCAUCAAGAUUGGGUUGUUCGCUGACAUUGAACUCAGCAGGAAUGAAGCUCUGAUUGCUCUUUUGAGAGAAGGGGAGAGCCUGGAGGAUUUGAUGAAGCUCUCCCCGGAAGAACUCCUGUUGAGAUGGGCUAAUUACCACCUGGAAAAUGCAGGCUGCAACAAAAUUAGCAACUUCAGCACUGACAUCAAGGACUCAAAAGCUUAUUACCACCUGCUUGAUCAGGUGGCUCCAAAAGGAGAUGAAGAAGGUAUUCCUGCUAUUGUGAUUGACAUGUCAGGACUGAGGGAGAAGGAUGACAUCCAGAGGGCAGAAUGCAUGUUGCAGCAGGCUGAGAGGCUGGGCUGCCGGCAGUUUGUCACAGCCACAGACGUCGUCCGAGGGAACCCCAAGUUGAAUUUGGCAUUCGUUGCCAACCUCUUUAACAAAUAUCCUGCUUUGCACAAACCAGAGAACCAGGACAUUGACUGGGGAGCCCUUGAAGGUGAGACACGGGAAGAACGGACAUUUAGGAACUGGAUGAAUUCCCUGGGCGUUAAUCCUCGAGUCAAUCAUUUGUACAGUGACUUAUCGGAUGCCCUGGUCAUCUUCCAGCUCUAUGAAAAGAUUAAAGUCCCUGUGGACUGGAACCGAGUAAACAAACCCCCGUACCCCAAACUGGGGGGUAAUAUGAAGAAGCUAGAGAAUUGUAACUAUGCAGUGGAACUGGGGAAGAAGCAAGCUAAAUUUUCCCUCGUUGGCAUUGGCGGGCAAGAUCUCAAUGAAGGCAACCGUACCCUCACCUUGGCCUUGAUUUGGCAGCUGAUGAGAAGGUACACACUCAAUAUCCUUGAAGAAAUCGGUGGUGGGCAGAAGGUCAACGAUGACAUUAUUGUCAACUGGGUAAAUGAAACAUUGAAGGAGGCAGAGAAAAGGUCCUCCAUUUCUAGCUUCAAGGACCCGAAGAUUAGUACAAGUCUGCCAGUCCUCGAUCUCAUUGAUGCCAUUCAACCAGGUUCCAUUAACUAUGACCUUCUGAAGACAGAAGACUUGAAUGAUGAGGAGAAACUCAACAAUGCAAAGUAUGCCAUCUCUAUGGCCCGAAAAAUUGGAGCAAGAGUAUAUGCCCUUCCAGAAGACCUGGUUGAAGUGAACCCCAAAAUGGUCAUGACGGUGUUUGCUUGCCUCAUGGGGAAAGGGAUGAAGAGGGUGUAGGACCCAGCAGGGCAGGCUAGAAGACAUUGCAUUCAAUCCAGCCAGCCCAGCAUCAGUUGCUCCAGGAAUGAAGAUAAGGACCAUUUAAGCCAUUCCAAAGUUUUCAACGUGGUGACAUUAUAUGAGAUUCCAAAAAGUGCAUAUUUGCUAGCCAAGUAGCCUUUCUGUACUUUAUAAAACUGCCUCUCUAUCUCUCUUUUAUUUUUUUUGCUAAAGACACAAUCUCCAACAAAUGUAAUUUUUGUUCCUGAUUGAUUUUUGCUCCUUUGCAUAUCAAGAGGGAAAAAAAGAAAAACAAUUCCAGGUACCCUUCCUGCUUUGAGCCAUUAAGAUAGAAACUGCUGUGCUAGUAAUUUUGACGUAACUGUGUGUUCAAAAGUGAGGACAGUCUAAAGACUGAUAUUAGAGGCCAACACUGGAUCUGUGGCAAGCCAUCUGCUCUGUCCUCUCCUUUCACCUUAUCUGUGAAUUUGCCUCAUAGAGCCAUGCCUGCUGUGUGGCCCCACCUCUUCUUGCCAUCCUUGUCCCUUGAUCACUUGGAGCAUCUGAGAAACCAAUGAAGCUAUUGGGGUGCCAAAAGUUCCCAGUAGCCUGCAGAAGUAAGCCUCAUCGUCAGAGCUGUUCUUUACCUGGAGUCCCAGUGGUUGUCAGGUUUUGUUUUGUCAAUUAUAAGAUACUGUCUGCUUUCAACUCUAGGCUUUGCACCGAAGACCUAACAUCUUGAGUACUGUGUCCUCGGUCUGAGAGUAGGACUGGAAUUCACUAUCUGACACUUGCUUAUUUGCUCAUGUUCAUUGGUUGGCACUCUACCACCUGGGCUACGCCUCCAACCUCUCAAGUAGAUUAAUGAUAGCAAGAAAGGCGUAUCAGAGAAAGAGACCAUUAGGGGGCAGCAUGGAGCUGUCACUAAGCAUCUACCUUUAAGAGUGCUGUUGCUUAUUAGAUGUAUAUUAUGGUAUGGCAAGAUGUCUAGUAAUAUUUGGAACAAUUCUGCUCUGUUUUUAUUUGCUCUUAGAUAGCAGUAAAUCUGAUUUCUUGCUGGACCUUAUUAUCAAUGUUUACUUUUUUGGUACUACAAAAGACUUUUGCUACUCCUACCCCCCCUUGGGGUGGGGGGACAGUAUGUUCUCAUAAGCAGCACCCCACCCCACCUUACAUACACUCAUAGGCUCCUGUACACAGCCAGAUAUUGAAAGAUUGUGCUUAAGAACUGCCUGAGUUGCUCUGUGAAGUGCUAAUCAACCUUUAUUGGACAUACAAAUAAAUUUCAAAACAGAAGGAGUAUGAAUUUAAAUAGCUCUAACAGAUCAAGCAAUGUAUAUGAAAACCUACUGUAUUCUAAAAGUCAACAGAGCAUGGUGAACCAACACUAGACUCCCUCUGUCCCGGUGAAGGGGCUCAAUUAUGAGCUAUCUUCUUCUAGAGGUGGUAUGAUGUAAUGAAACUUAGCCAUUUUUCAAAGCAAUCUAAAUGCAAUAUACUGGGCCUAGUGGUAGGCUCAGGAAGCCCAUAUAUGGCUUCUUCAAUCUCAUCCCCAGUAUUUCUGCUGCAUCUGAAUGCACGAUGAUUCGCUUUAACUUUUGUCUGAACUUUAAAUAGUCUCAGACAAAUCUCUCCAUCUGCCUCUAGGAAGGAAGAAUGUUAACUGCCUUAAUUGAAAAUGAAGAUUAAAAUAAUGCUGAAGAUCUUUCCAAAUAAAAUAUUUCUAUUUC